AUGGGUCCAGGCGAAUUCCGCGUCGCACUGCCGCACCUCUUGUCCCCAAGUGAGAGCCAGGUGCUCGACCUGGGCCAAGGAGGAUCCGAAUGUUCCGAGGGCACCACCGAAUCGCUCGGCCUGGACUCGAUCCCACCGCCGCCGACACUGCACUUUGCGCUCGCCUCGAUCACGCCCCUCUCGCGCAUCCUGGCGCAGCCGCAAGCCUACCUUCAGGGCCACCAUGCUCCGCUGGGCUAUGGCGCCCGCACCGCUGCAGCUGCCGGCCUCACUGGCGGCAAGGUCAACCUGCUGGUCGUCAUCAAGGAGGUGGGAGAGGUCAGCUACGUCAAUGCCAAGUACCCGACGGAUAGCGUCGCCAAUGCCGCCAAGCGGGCGAGGACGGAUGGCGCGGCUGGCGUCGGCUUUGAUCUGCACUCUGGCAAGACCGAACGGGUGGAGCUCGUCGUCAUGGACGGAAGGCCGGAUGGUGGGCAGGGCGGUCGAGGCGAGAAGUACUUCUUCAAAGUGAUUCUUUGGGGAAGCCUGGCAAGGGGCUGGGUGGUGGGAGGCGAUGACGAUUCCGCCUCUAUUGGCUACGCAGACGUCUCCAAACCACGCGGCCGGCGCUGGAACGGCGAUGCGGACGGCGACGAGGAUGAUAGUCGCAGACGUUGGCAGAGGCGCAGGGAUGCCUCUGGUCGCAGCGCUCUCGACGACACGACCAACGCGCCGCAGUCGUACGGAAGCAGCCUGGGCACCGAUGCCGACAGCAACUGGAGCGAUCGAUCGCUGGACAGUCUUGUAGGGAUGCUGCGCUCGACGGAUCCCCGACCGCUGCGGGCGGGCGACGUGAUCGCGCUGCAGCGGGUCAGCAUCGUCAACAGCCCUGCUUCCGCAAGCGGUGCUGCGACUGGCAUCGGGGCUGCUGCGUUGACAAGCCGACGCAACCGAUUGGGCUCUGGCUUCCCUCGUCGGGCUUCACCGGCAGGGGCGGCGGCAGCAGCAGCAGCAGCAGCAGCAACGACGGCACCGCUCAGCCUGGUGGCGCACGGGUCGGAGCGGAACUCGACGUCGAUCGAGCUAUGCUACCGCUCCGUCGUCGCGGAUCCGCGCCGGGAUGGCAGGGCCAACUUUGACCCAGAUGUGGCGAGGUUCGACAACAAGAGCCGGCGCGUCUACGAGCUCCACGUCCUCUGGCGGCAGGGCGAGGGGGUCGAGCGCGACGACUGA